GUGGAAGAGGAGAUGCGUAUUCUGCUCGUCGAAAGCCAAGCCCUGCGCCAGGCCAUGGAGCUACGAAUGUCUCGGCUAAGCGCGGCCCUCACGGCACCUCUGCCUCUUCCUGAUCACCCGUGCUCGUCUUCCCUCUGCCACUCCCACGACCAAUUGCCCGGCCGGCUGUUCUCCGGCCAAGAAGGCAUUGUCGCUGCCUCUGCCUCCGCUGCCGCUACUACUAUUCCUCCUCAUCCUCCUCCCCCUCCACCUCUGCCUCUACCCCCUCCACAACCUCCACCUUCUUCCACCACCCCCUUCACUUCAAUUGCCUCUGACCCCUGUUCUGUCUUUUUCGACAUGAAAAACUAUGCCUCAGCAUACAACCAGCCUGGUCAGUGUUCACUUCUCCCGCACCCCACAGUUCCUGGCCCCUCCUCUCAUUCAUUCGGCGGCAAUUUGAGUCCUGCCUGUCCCAUUAUCGCACCUCUUUUCGGCAUUACCACAGGCUCUCUGGCAGCCGUGGCAACACGUCUCCCAACAUUUAACGCUUCCUCUGUUAACAACAGUAAAUCACGGCCCUCAAGGCUCUCUAGCACGCUCCCUGUAUCUGUGCCUGCAGCAACGCAAAAGGCAGGAGACAUGGGACAAACAGCCGUUGAGCAUUUUGCCAUCUCCACCGUCAACGACAAGCCUCCGGUCAGGCGAGAGUCCCGGUUCGACCGACCGACUGCCAGUUCGGCUGGUGACAAUUUUGGG